CACACACCUUCUAGCUCUCCUCACUUUCACUUUCUCUCCUUUUCACCCUCUGAAUUCUCCUUCUCCUCCUCCCUCUCGCUCCCCUCUACUCUUUCCCUGCACCAGAGGCUCUUCUUGGCAGUGCGCUUGGCGCCGCAGACAGAAAGUGGGUCAGUGGGUCAGCCCCGGCAACGGGCUCGGGCCGGCUGCGCUCCGGGUGUAACCCGAGUCCUGUUGCUCCCACAGAGCUGCUGAGCACGCUCCAGCUAAGAUGGCUAAUUCCAGACACCCUGGGAUCAAUAUUAUCACAAUCUUAUUUUAUAGAGCUGUAUUCUAGAUUCAAGGGCCUUUCUUAAUCGGUCACUUUAAUCUUAGACACGGUUCAGGCCUGAAACACUUUUUUGGAAUUCACUAAAUCUACUUCAGAUCUUUCACGCCCCCCUGCUGUCAUCGAGCAUUUUAUCUCCAUUUUCAGGGGGCAGGAGGGGGUCUUCAAGCGGAGAUGGCAUGUGGACAGUAUAUGCAACAUCAAGUCAAAUCCAUCAUCUGGAAGCUUGAAUCCUAAAGAUUAAUUUGUGAUGCUCAGUUUAGCUCCGCGGUGUUUUCUUCAUCAUAAAUUAGAAAUACACAUUGUGUUUAUGAUAACCACCUUCUAGAACGUUGCGAUGGAAGGAUAUACGAUGCCAUUCCCACGCUUGAUCGUGUAUCAUCGGUUGUUGCAUCAUUUGUCACACAGAUCUGGUCCUCCGAAUACCACGUUAAGACAACCGGAUGUUGAGCGCCUCUGUUCUGAAAAUUCCUCACAAAGCCACCUUUCUGUGAAGCUGCAUGGGAAAGCCACACAUCCUCUGAACGCGGCUGAACUACGUCGCCCGUAUUCAACAGCCCGCCGUCUCGGAUCCGACCUCCAGAACCUCCUAGUCCCUCGUACUCGCCUUAAAACCCGCGGUGACCGAGCUUUUGAGGAACGCUCUGCCUGCACCCCGAAGGAUAAACACCACGAUGCUGCUAAUGAAAUCAUCGAGACCAUUCGGUGGGUGUGUGAGGAGAUCCCCGACCUCAAACUGGCGAUGGAAAACUACGUCCUCAUUGACUACGACACCAAGUGCUUCGAGAGUAUGCAGAGACUUUGUGAUAAGUACAACAGGGCCAUUGACAGCAUUCACCAGCUGUGGAAAGGGACGACCCAGUCCAUGAAGCUGAACAAGCGGCCUUCCAACGGGCUGCUGAGACACAUCCUCCAGCAGGUGUACAACCACUCGGUUACGGACCCGGAGAAGCUGAACAACUAUGAGCCCUUCUCCCCCGAGGUGUACGGAGAGACCUCUUUCGACCUCGUCGCUCAGAUCAUCAACGAGAUGGAAAUGAUGGAAGACGACACCUUUGUCGACCUCGGCAGCGGAGUGGGGCAGGUCGUGCUGCAGGUUGCAGCAGCAACCAACUGUAAACACUACUACGGUGUAGAGAAAGCAGACAUUCCAGCUACCUAUGCAGAGAGCAUGGAUAAAGAGUUUAAAAAGUGGAUGAAAUGGUACGGGAAGAAACACGGAGAGUACACAUUAGAGAGAGGUGACUUUUUGUCUGAAGAAUGGAAGGAAAGGAUCGCCAACACAAGUAUUAUUUUUGUGAAUAACUUUGCCUUUGGUCCAGAGGUAGAUCACCAGCUGAAGGAGCGCUUUGCUAACAUGAAGGAAGGUGGAAAAAUUGUAUCCUCCAAACCUUUUGCACCUUUAAAUUUUAGAAUAAACAGUCGAAAUUUAAGUGAUAUUGGUACAAUAAUGCGCGUGGUGGAGCUUUCUCCACUGAGGGGCUCCGUGUCCUGGACUGGAAAGCCAGUUUCCUACUACCUGCAUACCAUAGACCGCACCAUACUUGAAAACUAUUUUGCUAGCCUCAAAAAUCCUAAACUCAGGGAGGAGCAAGAGGUGGCUCGGCGACGUCAUCAGAAGGACACGAAGGACAGUAAAAGCAAUAGUACCACCCCGACGAAACCGAAAGAACAAAACAAGCAGGACUCCUGCGGCGAAGAGGAGCGGCCUCGCCUGGUGACGGUGGUCAAGCCCACCGCCAAACCCCGACGAGCCCGCCUCCUGCCCAAAGCUCGCAAGCUGAACAACAAGAAACGCGGCCGCCCCAAGAAAGCCGCCCCGGCUGCCGAGAAGAAGAACAAGAAGAACCAGAGCGCGUUGGAUCUGCUGCAUGCCAAGACGCUCUCUGCGGAUGCAUUCCGGCCGCCUCAGAGUCCCUUCUACCAGCUACCUCCCAAGGUGCAGCACUAUCCCUCGAGUCACCUGCUUCUGAGCCCGACUCCUCCUGGUCUGCAGCAGCUGCUGGAUAACAUCAAAGUGCAAUACCUCCAGUUUAUGACCCACAUGAAGACUCCUCAGUACCGAUCCAACCUGCAGCAGCUUUUAGAACAGGAGAAGCAAAAACACAGGGACCUGUCGGGGCAGGCGGAGCAGCUCCACUCAGUCUGUCAGACGCACAAGGACAAGAUCAAAAGCCUCUUUCAGACCAAACUAGAUGAGCUGGGAGUGAAAGCCUUGACUGUGGAGGACCUGCUGCAAGCCCAGAAAGAGAUAUCGGCCCACAAUCGUCAGCUGAAAGAGCAGACAAAGCAACUGGAGAGAGACAUGGCCUUGCUGCGAGACCACAGCCUGCUACUGCUCAAGUCUCGAUGCGAGGAGCUGAAGCUGGAUUGGGGCUCUCUGUGUCUGGAGAGUUUGGUGAAGGAGAAGCAGGCGCUGCGCAGACAAAUCUCUGAGAAACAGAGACACUGUUUGGAGCUGCAGAUCAGCAUCGUGGAGCUGGAGAAAAGUCAACGGCAGCAGGAGCUGCUUCAGCUCAAAUCCUACAGCCCCUGCGACGGCUCCCCGUACAGAAAGAGCCUGGAGUCGCGCACUUCCACCGACACGGACCCCUCCAAGCUCUGCCUGUCCUCGGCCCCGGCCCACAACGGUGUCGGCCCGGAGCCGUCCGUCAACGGCACCGGCUCGCCCUGUUUCGCCACCGCCAAGGGGGAGCCUCUCUCUCGCUACCUGCCCAUCUCUCCCGACCACGAGAUCGUGCCCGCCAUCCCCGACGCGCGGCUGAGGCAGCAAAGCUUCCCCUACGCGCUUCCCGAUUACACGCGCUUCUCCCCCGCCAAGAUUGCCUUGCGGCGGCACCUGAACCAGGACUCCGCCGCUCACUUGAGAGGUCCGGGGAUGACCACACACAGGGAAUUUGGAGGUGUUAACUCCCCGCUCGGAGCCAAGCUGAACUGCCCCUCUCCUCAUGCAUCCGAUGUCCAGAAUAAAGGUUUCGAGAGGGCUGGUAAGGAGAGGAGUCCAUCUGUCCAGGGCGACAACAGCAUUACAAGCCUUCCAAUAAGUAUCCCCCUGAGCACAGUGCACCCAUGUAAGCUACCAAUCAGCAUCCCUCUGGCGAGCGUGGUGCUGCCCAGCCGUGCUGAGAGACUGAGAAGUACUCCGAGUCCUGUGCCAGGUCAGACCAAUGGAUAUUUAUCCAGCUCAGGGUUGAUGAAUGGAGGUCCCCAUCCUGAGGACCACAAUGGUGCUUCUUCAUCACCUCCACCGCACCCCAACACACCUUUGACGGGACCGAUGGGCAGAGGCGGUCCCAUCCAGAGCCCGCCUCUCGGCACGGGAGGGGUGCUUCAGUACGCAGAUGGCCCCCCGCGGAUUCUUCCAGAAGAUGGACAGGAUCGCCAAGGAGGAGAGUCCGACACGGAGCCCCACGACAGCGAACUGCGGCGGAGAAUCUUCUUCUCUUCCUCCUCCUCCUCCUCCUCCUCGUCUUCCUCUUCGUCCGGCAGCGUGGCCGGAGGCUCGUGCCUCCACCACUACGCUGGCAACAAGCAGGGAUACCACAGUAACCAUGGAAACCACCACCAUCAGUCGCCCGGCACGCAGCACACUCACACGCCCACGCACACGUCCUCGUCCUCGUCGCACUCCUCCUCCUCCCACGGCCUCGGCUCUCAGGAGGGUCGCAAGCGGGGGAGAAGGAAACGCGGCUCCGCGGCGGCCGGCGGGGCCAGCGGAUCCAGCGGAUCCCCAAAGAGGAGGUCGUUCCCCGGGCUGGGCUCCAACAACCCCGCCUCGGGGUCCCCGCUCAACAUCAACUCCAUGGUGAGCAACAUCAACCAGCCUCUGGAGAUCUCGGCCAUCUCCUCCCCAGAACAGUCGAGCCGCAGCCCCAUCGGGCCGGACCUGGACCAGCCUCCCGUCUUGAAGCGAGAGCGACCCCUGGAGCUCAACGGCACGAGCCGCUACUCCUCCGCCCCCAGCUCUGACGACGAGGACUCAGGAUACCCUGCAGACAGCUCCAGUUCACGAAUUGAAAGAAAAAUUGCCACGAUAUCCUUGGAGAGCAGAGAUGGACCAGGUAGACACGGGGACGGUGAGAGAGCCAGGAAGUCUGGUAGCAGCAGUGGUAACAGCACAGGCAGUGAGACCUCCUCUUCGUCCUCCAACAGCAAGUGGAAAUCCACCUUUUCACCCAUUUCCGACCCCAAGCAGCCCGGCUCCGACCUGAGGCAGGGGGGCUCUCCGUUUGGCACGGGGGGCUCGGGCCGGGGCACCGACUCGGAUUCUGACCACAAACCGCAGCAUCAUCAGCAGGCGAGGAAAGGAAGUGACGGAGAGACGUCCAGCUACAUGAACCCCAACCCCUUCCUCAGUCAGGAUGCAGGGCCCCGGGUCGGGUGCAGCGGCGGCGGCUCCCAGGGAGGCAGUGGCUCAGAACAGCGCCAGUCCCUCCAGAAGCAGAAGACCCCUCGCGACUGGGAGAUGAAGACGAGCAGCGGCAUGGCCAGUCAGAACCUCUUCAUAUCGGCCGCUACCAGCAGUGGUGGGGGCAUUCUGAGCGGGAAGGUGGGGGGCAGCCCUGUAGCCGUGUCCUCGCCCACAGGAUCCUCUGCGGGGCAGUACCUGGGCUCGCAGUUCCCCCUCGGAGGGGCCUCAGUCUUACAGUCCUUGUUCGGGGCCCAGACGGGCGGAUCCACGGUGAGUGGGACCCCGCGGCUCGUCAACGGACACUCCGCCCUGGGAAGCUUCUCCAGUGCCGGGCUGGCGGGGGGAACGGCUGGAGGUAUAUUUCACCACGUGGUUCCCACAGUGCCCUCCCAUCAGUUUGGGGUGGCACUGCCCACCCCUGGAGGCCUCGGCUCUCUGCUCAGUCCCUCCUCCUCCUCCCAAACCCAGCAGCACAGCACCCCCCAGCCAACUUCCACGCGCCUGGCCUCGGCGCCCUCGCCUCUCCCCGUCUCCCUGUCCCAGGCCCAGCACGGCCGCACCCAGUCAGUCCUGCAUAGCCCCUCGCCGCCUGCACUCACGCUGCCCCCGCCUCCCCCGCUGCACAGCACCUCCUCCUCCUCCUCCUCCUCGGCACCCACGCACUCUGACGCCCUGCCGUCCUCCCGGUCCGACUCCCUCCACUCGUCCCGCCUGUCCCACUCCUCUCUCCACCACCAGAGAGCUCAGUCAUCCCUCUCGCUCGCCAUCUCCUCCUCCUCCACAUCUGCCUCCUCCGCUUCUGUCUCUGCUGCUGCCGCCGCAACCGCUUCCCUCUCCUCCCUCUCCUCCUCCCCUCUGUCGACCUCCUCCUCGUCUCGUCCAUACGCAGUGCACUACUCCCCUCGGCUGCCCCCUCCACCACACGCCAGCAGCUCAGGUGGGGGUGGGAGCAUGUGGAGGACUCAGGGCAUGCAUGGCACCUACACGACCUCCCAGUUCCCUGGCUCCCGACCUAGAUAGGGUUUGGGGGGGGGAAGGGGGGAGGAUGGAGAGGGGAAGGGCGAAAGGCAAUCAGAAGGUGGAAAGAUGGAGAGUCUAGUAGGGAGUGAGAGAGACAGGAUACCUGUAUUUCCCGUGCUCCAAACAAGCUGUUGUUCUGAUUGAACAAGGUAAUUAUUGAAAACUACCUCAAAAAUUAAAUGAACUAUGCAAAUGUCCAGGUAUGGACCGAGGCACUCUCCUCACUCAGUGGUGCUUCAAAACGUCUGCACAACCCAACCCAGCCUCCAAGACCGGCUUCUGUACUGGGAUCUCUGACACACACACACACACACACACUAGCGACCACUGUAGUCGCCUUGAGCAGAAUUCAUCGGUACUGGUCAUGUUUGUGUUAAAAUGUUGGUUUAAAAAAAUUAUGUUUUAUUUACCACAAGGAAACCGGUCCUCGCUGAGCACUGAAUGAACUGAUGUCUGCUUUAAAUUAAAGGUGCUCAAUAGUACGAACAUGUAUUUAGUUUGUUAGUCACGAUCAAAACAAUCUGUUCUCAUGAUUUCAUGAAACAUUUGAGAACAGCUUGAAGCACAUAGUCCGCCUUUGUGAUCUGAAUGCCAUCACGUUCCCUCCAAAGCUUCACGUCACACGAGUGUCGUGUCUUUGCACGCACACACACACACCAGGUCACUGACCUCUGCUCAGAUGUCAUGCAGCUCAUAACGCUGUUUUCUUUCAAUAUUUGUUGCGACACAUACGAGUAUGAAGCCAGACGGGGAGCCGUCGGUGUCGCGUCACACUGGAGAGUCGGAUGCAGUUCCUCAUGUAGCAGCAGACGUGCCAGGCGGGUUAAUCUCUGCCGAUGUUAACGAUUUACAAUGUUUUUCACGUUUAACUAACUAUAUAUUUCCUUUCCUUUGCUCCUAACUUGAGCAAAACCAACUAUGCUCGCAUGAAAAUAUUUAACAUAUCGGUGAACGUUUCUUAGUUUGCUAUUUUUUUUUUUUUUGCGAGACUAAUCAAAAUUAAAUUCUCCAAAUGAAUGAACUCAACAAUAUGUAAGUCUGUAAGUCUGACGGACGAACACGGUGACGUGAUGAUGUCGGCGUUAUCCGGAAAACGUGGUGAAUUCGCAACAUUUAAACAUGUGCCGAUGAAGCCGGAUCCUUUUUUUAAUUUGAAAACAAAGAUCAAUUACAUGAAAUGAGAUGGUGCUUUUUAGAUGUGAUCGGACACGUUCUGUAUUGAUUUCCAUUUCCUCGAGUCAGUUUGGUAAAUCACACUACGGCGAGGGAACGUAGCCCAAAUACUCUUAAAGAAGGAUUUUUUUACCUAUUUGUCUCUGCUGUCGAAUGUUAAGGACAUAAAACAUGGACGUGUGUGUAAUCACACUGCAUAUUAUAGUUGAUGCACACACGCACACACACACACGUGGCAUGCAUGCAAAUCCUCACACUGAGAAAACAACCAACCGUAACAAACUACUGGACUCUUCACACCUCUGUUUGCUUCUUUUUUUAAUUUUUAAUUAUGGAAUGUUUAUUUAGUAAACAAUGUUUGUACUGUGAAUGUGAUUCAUUCUCCGACUGUAUAGCUGUGUAUAAUUUAGAUAUAUUUAUGCUGUCCGUCUCUUCAUUUGCCUUUUUGUAUUUGUUUUUCUUUCUUUUUGUCAUGAAAGGAGUGCGUGUGUGUGCACUCGACUCUGAAAACAAUGGUGCUAAAUUAGGAUCUUAUUUAUUCUAUAGGGAAAACAUCGAUGACUAAACCCAUACACGUGGUGCUGUACGCGGGGACACUUGUAAAGCCAUCUCGUUGGCCUUUCUCAUAUUUAAUAUGCUAUUCUCUGGUUCUUUAAACGCCGAGUCAUCGUUGAGUCUCGGCCUGAGUUCACGGGGAUGAGGAAGAGUUUGUGUUCCUCUUUGAUCUGCCUUUGUUUUUGUGAACAAGACACACUGUUUUUGUACAUUUUUGUUUUUCCUUGUAUGUCUCCACCAUAAACAGAAAGGUAUAUAAAAUAAUUAUCUAUAUACAGUCUAUAUAUAUAUAUAUAUAAAGUAUAUGUGUGUGUGUAUAUAUAUAUAUAAAGAAUGGAGGUGUUUAGGCGCCGGCCUUGUGAUCUCGCUCUCAGCCUGUGAAACAGGAGGCUUGAAGCCGAGGAGAGUGAAGCACAGCCGGCGCCGAAAAACGGCGUGGCUCAUCGUGAUGGAACCGGAAACUCUCCUCAGUGCAUUCAAAACAAAAACAAAAACAAACGGUGCUGUGGCUCGAACACGACCAGAACCGCCAUCGCAUCAGAUACUUCCACAUAUCUCUCUCUCUCUCUCUCUCUCUCUCUCUCUCUCUCUCUCUCUCUCUCUCUCUCUCUCUGCAGGGAAACAAAUGGUGCUUCUGUUUCCACACAAUGGAAAGUCGCUUCUUACAAAGGAAAUCUUCACUGGUGCAUAAGAAACACACACACACACUGGCUUGAGACGUCUUGCCGAGCGUCCUCAAUGCGUCACUGGCAAACUGAUGUGAAACUGCCGUGUGCGCGUCACUCGGAUCGGCGUGAGAGGCCACGCCUCCUUUUCUUUCCCCUCUCUGAUUCUGGGGGAAAAAAACACUUGAGCUCCGUUUUUGCGUGCCAGUGCUAUUUUUUAAAAUUAUUUAAAUUUUGUUUUUUUUCCACUUGCCGGUGCAUAUCUAAGGGAAGAUUAGACAAAUCAAAGCUUUAUUGUAAACGCCUGUCCUGUGCACUCACAAAUCUGGGUUUUUUUUUCACCUGCGAGAAAGUCGUUUUAGAACCCAAUAAGGAGACGGCGGUCCGUUUGUUCGCCGCACCGACGGAUCGUUCGUCACGACCGUCGACGCCGUGUUGAUUUUCUUUUUUCUUGGUGUUUGAUACAAUUGCAGUUCUGCUUUUAAUGGUGUCUUCAGACUCCUGUUUGUUAUACUACUAGUCACACAGACAGCACGGUGCUCUCCUUCACUUAAAACGAGGACAUUGCAGCUAUUGAUAUAUAUAUACAUAUAUAUACUACUCUUCUCUUGUGGUGCUGCAGGGUUUUAUGGUUUUGAUAAUCUGCAACGCGAGCUUGCCCGGCGGCUCUUCGGUGGUCUGCUUCUAACCUACGGGAAAUGUGUCAUGCCUGGAGGGGCGGCGUGGUGUAUGUGCAAGUGAGAAUAGUCAUUGGGAAUGGACGAAUAGAUCCAUGUUAUGGAGUUAAACCAGUUUUAUAGCUACUUAUAUAUAUAUAUAUAGAUCUAAAUAAUCCCUCAAAAAUGAGGAGGUGCUGUUAUUCAAGCCAUUUGGUAUAGAAGCAUGGUUUUAAUUGCUGCUUCUAUGCAGCUUGGUACAUUCAACGUCGUUUCCUCUGAAUCUCGCCAGAGGUCUUCACUCAGGAACUUCCCAGGUGGCUUGAAAUUAUGUAAACAACUUUUUGUUAAAGAAAAACGACUGUCACACCGACUUGUUCACCAUGUUGUGGGGCGAUUUUUAAGUCCCUUUCUAACCCAACUCAGGACCAGGACAACGGUGGUGGCGUUUAGAAGUCGGCUCUCCACAGAUUACUUCUCAACUGUCACAUACAUCCAGCGUCUCCAGGUGGAAAAUCCAGCUUUAUGAAGCUUUGCGAGUCCGUCUGACCUCCGGGAGCUGUGAAACGGCUCCGACGUUCAGCAUCUUCCUCAUCUCACAAAUACCUCUCGUCUAGAUUUGCGUCUCCAAGGAGGUUCCUUUGUUGGGAGUCUCCCCUUUACGUUUUUUGGGGAGGGUUAAAACACACAGGACACAUGUGACCGACAGUGAGCGGGGACGCCAGGGCAGGUCUGAGGUGCAAUCAUUGCAAACGUACUUCCCAAAAGGCCCUUGGGUUGUUCGUGACUUGUUACUGUUUGGUGUUGGUGCUUUUAUCCUAAGAUGUUAUAAUGAAACAAAUGGAAUUCCUGUUUUUUUUUUUUUUUUUUCCUGCGUUUUAUGAUUAUUAAUAAACAUGUUUCAUAUAAUAUUUGAAUUAA